AUGACUCAACCUGAAUCCUCCGUCCCAGCUGCUGCUGCUGGAAAGAUCGAACUGUCCGACGACAAGUUGUCUAUCGAGUCCAUCGGCUGGUUGUUCAUCGAUAAGUACUACACUACCUACACGAGCGACAUUACCAAACUCUUUGCCUUCUACGACAAGCAUGCUUCGCUUCUCCAUGAUGAGUUCCCAGAUGUGGCUGCUGAAGCCACUGGCUCGUCCGCCGAUGGUGCUUCGUCGAUCAAAACUGUCAACCUGGCAACUGGCACCGAAGCUAUCAAAAAGCAUUUUGCUGCCCAGAGCCUUGUCACCGAGACAAACAAGAUCGUGGUAGAAAGAGCAGACUUCCAGAAAUCGGUCAGUGACAGUAUCUUGAUUGUGGUAUGUGGAUCAUGGAAGAGAGGCUCCUGUCAGCUUUUGCAAUUUGUUCAGACCUUUGUGUUGAAGGCCAAGGAUAAGACUGUGUAUGAUGUUAGCAACGACUUGUUGAAGUUUGUGGAUUUAUCUGAGCAAUUCAGCCAGCAGGAAGUCCGUGCUGUGGAUGCUAACGGGCAUGCUGAGGAGAAGGUGGGGGAGACAGAAAAGGAAAAGGUUGAAAAGGUUGAAAAGGUUGAAAAGGUUGAAAAGGUUGACAAGGUUGAAAAAAUUGAGAAGCUUGAAAAGGAUGAAAAGGUUGCCAAAGUUGAGAAGAUCACCGAAAAGCCUGUAAAGGUUGAGAAAUCUGAGGAAAAGGUUGAGAAGACAGAAAAGACUGAGAAGGCCGAUAAGCCUGAAAAGGUUGACAAAACCAACAAGGUUCAAGAGCCUGCUGAAAAGUCUGAGAACCAAGAUAAGCCGGAGACUGAGUCUGGAGAAUCUGCAAACGAAGCAAAGGAGCCAGAGACGGAGCAGAAGAAGGAAGAAAAGCCAUUUUCUCUGUCGCCAGCAGUUAAGCCCACUUGGGCUAAUUUGGCUGCCAUCGAGCCCAAGGUCCCAAAGGCCACAUCUCAGUCUCCAAAAGCCACACCUGUAGCUGCUAAAAAGUCCACACCACCUGCCACUCAGGUUGCUCCAACAGUUCCAGCCAAUGGCAAGUUCAAAAAGGAGGAGUGGUACCCAAUCUACAUUCGAAACAUCGAGGUUGAUGAUGAGGACUUGAGAGGUGCGCUUGUUAAGCAGUUUGGUGAUAUCAAAUUUUUCAAGAGAACCCAGAAGACUGCGUUGUGUGACUUCAGAAACAAGGAGGACCAACAGAAGGCCUUGGAGGCCAAAGAAAUUGUGGUGAAGAACAACGUGAUUCUGUUGGAGACCAGAGUUCAUAAGUCAUUUAAUGGCAAGCCUGACUUCAAGAAGGAUAAGAAGCAGGUGAAGAAGAGUGGGGUGAAGAAGAACUAA